UACAUUCUCUCCCACCAUCCAAAUAUGACCCCAUCACUUUCACCAAAUUACAGACCACUAUUAAAUUAUAUCUGUCAUAAGGAAAAACACAAAGGGCAAUCUGGGCAAGUAAUUUAUUCUGCAUUAUGCCAAAACCAGAGUCCAGAUCAGACGCAACAGAGAGCUUCACUCCAGCUAAGUUCACGGAAUCUCCGCCGCCGCCCACCCCCCUUCCCUCUUCUUCAGCUUCAACCCUCAAAUAUAAAGUUCCACACACACCCCCACACCGAUAAAGAGAGACACAACAGAGAGAUUAACAAUCAAUUGGGGUUUUUGAAUCAAACCCAAAUCACAUCUGUCUCUGUUUCUCCUGCUCUGGUACAAAUCGAUUAGGGUUUUUGCAAGUUGCAAUUCAAUCACAGCCCCAUAACCCAAAAAUGAAAGCUUCACUCAAAUUUCGUGAAGACCAAAAACCCUUGUUCCGAGCCAAAGUCCCUCUAAACAUCAUCGGCUUUCCGUUCCAAUCCGGAAUCGUCGCCGGCGAACCCAAAGAGCUCUCGUUGAAUCUCAGCACUUUUUUCGAUUCAGGCCCAUCGUUCAAAUUCGCUUACCGUCCCAACGACACUCUCAACCCUUUUAGUCUCAACUUCAAAAUCGGUAUUGGUCAUUUCGGCUCUCCGAUUUCUAGCCCCAUGACCAUGAGCGCCGAGUUCAAUUUCAUUGGAAAUCAAAACCCUAGUUUUUUCGUCCACUUCAAGCCCCAAUUCGGAGAUUUCAGUAUUAAACAGUCGAUAUCUUCUAAUUUCAGGAAGAAAGUUGAGACCAAAUCAAACGGUGUCGUCCCGACUGAGGAUAAUUCAGUGGAGCUUGUGGAAACUCCGGCGAUCACAAAUGGGUACUUGUCGGAGAAUACUGUGUCAUCUGGGAGCAAUAUUAUUGUUUUGCCGUCGGACUCUCCGGCGUCCCGGGUGGUGGAGAGAGUGUUUCCGGGUAUGGAGGUGAGUACAAGGACGGCGUUGCCGCUGAAAAAUCGUGCGGUGGUGAAUUUCCGGUGGGGUGUCAGAUUCCAGGCGCAUGAAGAGAUGGUGGUGGUAGGGAAGAGCGAACGGACGGCUGGGAUUUCGCUUAAGAGGUUCCCACUUCUUGUGAUGAACAAAAUCGGGAUCGAACACGUGGCAAAAGAUGAGUCGAAGGAGAGUAAAAAUGUGGGUCCCAGUUUGAAUCCUGCUGGAAAUAGUGACGUGGCAGAGGCAUGUUUGGUUAUGAGGAAACAACUUGAGGCUAUACAUGCUGAGAAUCGGAUGCUUAGGAAGGCCAUGGAUGAUUUAAGAUCGGAAAUUUUCACGGCGAAGCCCGGUUCAUCUGGCGGCGGCAUUGAGAGGGGGAAGAAGUACAGGGAAGGGGAGAGAGAAGGGGUUGAAAACUCGGGUGGCGGCGGCGGUAGAGUUGAUCGGAGGAGCAGUGGUGAUAAGAAAACAUCCCAAUUGAAUGGUUUUGGCGGGAAGGCCGCGGAGGUGGAGGCGGAAGAGGAGUUGAAGAAGGCGUUGAUGGGUGGUGCUGGUGCCUGAAUUAGACGCCAUUGCUGGAGAUGUAAGAAUUAGGAUGCCCUGUGAGGUAUCAGUUUUGGUUUAGACACAUUUUGAGUGUGUCUUGUUUUGGUUUAGAGUAUAGUUUAUUUUGUUUUGUCAUGUAGAAAACUAUGGUUUUGUACAUUGUUUUUGUAGUAAGGGUGUGUUUGCAGUUUGGACAUAUUUUUGUGGUAAUGUUUGGGUUCAUAGUUACAAUCCUUUUUUAGGUUAUUGGAUGCUUAUUGGGCAUUGUAUUUUCUCCGGGUCCAAUUGGAUGGGGUCACCCUAAACUUAUUUAAUAUGAGUAAUGUUAUUUAGUCCUAAUUAUUAAUAAUAA